AAAUGCAAGCAUUGCUUGAUCGUCAGCUUCAUGAUUAUCUUUCGUCUAUUAUAACUGAAUUAUGUACAAAAAAAAAUAAAGAAAUAAAUGUUAUUGACAAUUUAAUAACUAAUCAAAGUGCUAAAACAAAAAAUCAAAAACAAUGUCAUGAUUGUGGUAAAAAAGAUAUUAAAAACUCUAAGU